GAUUGGGGAUAUGCAAAAGAUGGCGCGCAUAAUAGCAGCAGGAGCCCUGUUUGCUUCUGGGUCCUUGGGUUUCUUUUGUUUUCCUUUUUAUGCCUCACAAAACCUAAAAGCCCACGAGACAGAGAGACCGUAUCCCUCCUCUCCUUUUUAUCCCUUCGUCGCUUCCCCUCUCUUCUCGCAGAUCCCAUACACAUCUUCGCUCUCUCGCCGUUUCGAAAAGGGGGAUUUGCUAAUUGCUAACAGCGAAGAUGCAGGCCUAUGAAGAAGACCUUGAUGAGGAAGCUGGCUAUGAUGACUAUUAUAGUGAUGAUAAUGGAUUGGAUGAGUACGAGGAGGAGGAGGAGGAAGAAGAAGUACCGCCAAAGGAAGAACUUGAAUAUCUUGAGUUGCGCCAGAAGAUUAAGGAGUCUAUCAGGAAAAAAUCGGGCAAGGGAAGUGUUAGUAAUAAUGCUCCAUCUUCUCAAGACAGAAGAAAAAAACUCCCUUACAACGACUUUGGUUCCUUCUUUGGUCCUUCACGGCCUGUGAUAUCCUCGAGGGUUAUACAAGAAAGCAAAUCCUUGCUAGAAAAUGAGAUAAAGAACUCAAACCAACCGAAGAAAAGGCCUGUUCCAGCGAGCAGUUCUGGAGAUAGGAAUGUGUCUCAUGAGAAGAAGCGGCCUAAAGUUGUGAGUGCUACCAGAAGGAAAGUUGAGACUCUCAAGGACACUAGAGACUAUUCCUUCUUGUUUUCCGACGAUGCAGAUCUCCCAGCUCCCAAGAAGGAACCUUUGUCUCGAAGUGGCUCCUUUCCUAAUUCUGGUAGGCUUUUUGCUGAUAUUCAAGAGGCUCGAUCUGCUCAAUCAUCAGCUAGACCCAAACAAUCACCAGCUAUCAAUGGCAGAGUUGCUCAAGGUCCACCUCGCGAGGAUAAGAGACCUGCGAAUGGUCAUUCUAGACCGGCUUCCUCUGGCAGCCAAAUGAAUCAUUCAAGACCGGGUUCCUCAGGCAGCCAAAUGCCAAAUUCAAGACCGACGACUACUUCUUCAGGAAGCCAAAUGCAGUCGAGAUCUAUCUCGGGGAGACCAGCUUCGUCUGGCAGCAGCCAAAUGCAGAAAUCAAGACCGGCUUCCUCUGGUAGCCAAAUGCAAAAUUCAAGACCUGGAAACCAAAUGCAACAAAGGGCUUCAUCCUCUGGAAGCCAGAGACCUGGUUCCUCGGCAAACCGUCAAGCCCCCAUGAGACCGCCAAGUACAACGAUGAAUAGCCAGUCAGCUAAUCGGAAUGGCCAGCCAAGUUCCAGAUCAGCUCCUGCAAAGGUGCCUGUGGAUCAUAGGAGGCAGAUGAGCAGCAGCAGUAAUGGAGUUGGUCCUGGUCGGUCAGGGUCCACAGCAACAAGACCUUUGUCUUCUAAGCCUUCGUUGGAGAGAAAGCCCUCCAUGUCGGCGGGAAAGAGUUCUCUUCAAAGUGCUCAGAGACCACCGUCCUCGUCGAGACCAAUGGCAUCUGAUCCUAGGCAACGGCUGGGAGAACAGAGAAAGGUGAACCCUACCACCUCCCGGAUGAUCCCAAAACAACCAGUGCCUACCUCAAGACACCAGAUGAUGAGUAAACCAGCAGCCAAGAGACCUCCACAGCGUGAUAUGCAUGAUGAUCGGAGGCCUUUGAAGAAGAAGAAGCCUGCAAUAAUGUCAGAGGAUGCCAAGGCAUUAAGCAUGAUUAGACAAAUGUUCAAUACCAAUCGUUAUGCUGGGCGUGACGAUGAUGACAGAAACAUGGAAGCCAACUUUGACGAUAUAAUGAAGGAAGAGAGACGAAGUGCGAGAAUUGCAAGGGAGGAAGAUGAAAAGGAAGCGCAGCUGAUCGCAGCGGAAGAAGAGCGAGAGAGGCUGAGAAAGAUUCGGAAGAACCGUUGAAACUUGAAAGUUAGAAGAAACCUUUUUUUUUUCUGUCUUUAUUUAUUUAUACAUUUCAUAUGUUUAGUGGUUCUCGCAUUGAUAUCUCUUUGGCUACUUGAGGCAAAAGAGUUUUAACUUUUAUUUUAGUUCUUUUAAUUGUACAAUUAGUAAUAAUAUCUUCAGUUGGCAAAAA